AUGGCUGCAGUCGCGCCUGUGCACGGGAAUGAUCAGCACAAGGAGCUAGUGGCGGAGCUGCGCAAGAGCGUGCACGCGGCGCUGGUCAGCAAGGCCAAGGGCACGUCGACGGCUGCAUACAGCACCCUGGUGCGCGACCUGUCGCUCCUCAAGCGCCGCCUGGAGGCCGACCCUGGCGACUGCGAGGCCGAGUUCUCUCUGGCGCAGCUGCUGCGCGCCCUGACGGGCUGCGUGUCGUCGCUGCGGGAGCGGCGCCACGACGCACUGCUGGCGGAGGUCCUGGGGAUGCGCGUGUGGGCGCUGCCAAAGGGCGUGAGGGCGGUGCUGCUGGAGGCGCUGGUGAACCUCAUGGUGGCCAACGGCGCGUUCCUGCACAACUGCCUGCAGGCGCUGCUGGCAGGCCUGGUGCCGCCGCCGGCGCAGACUGCCGCGGCGGAGGACGAGGCGGGGUCUGAGUGGCUGCCGAGCGCGGAAGCUGUGGAGGUGCAGGGGCAGGUGCUGGAAGCAGUGGAGAAGGCCCUCCAGCUCAUCCCCACCCUGCCGUCCCAGCUGCUGCCCAUGCUCCUCCAGAACCUCCCCCACAAGAGCCGCCCCCGCGAGGCGCAGUGCCUCUACCUCCGCGCCGCGCUGCUGCUGGCGGAGCGCCCCGCGGGGGCGCCGCUGCGGGAGGGGCUGCUGCUGGGGGUGGUGGACCACCUGCUGGCCCUGGAUGUGGAGGUCAAGUGGGAGGACAUUGUGGACGCAAAGACGGAGGCGGUGUGA